AUGGAGAAAAUAGAUUGUCCAGAAGAUUUCAGAUGCCCCAUUUCCAGGGAAAUCAUGAAGGAUCCGGUCACCAUCGUCACCGGAGUCUCCUACGAGCGCAAGAACAUUGACAAAUGGUUCAACGUCUACAACAAAAGAAGCUGUCCCGCCACCAUGCAACCCCUCCACAGUUUCGAUACGACCCCAAAUCACACCCUCAAGCGUCUCAUUCUAGCGUGGCGGGAAACACUCGUGGAUGCUCCGUCCUCGUCGUCCUCGUCUCCGGCUCAGCCGUCUAUCAAGCAUGACGAGAUGGUCUCCCUCUUCAGCACCCUUGAUUCUUCUCCUUUCAAAGUAAGUUCCUUGAAGGAAAUUCGGGCAAUAGUUGAAUCAGGUGAUGAUAUGAGGUCCGAAUUCAUUCGAUCCGGUGGCGUCGAGGCUGUUGUUCGAAUGCUUGUUAGUCAGUCCACCGUCGACAACUGUGAUCUCGUUAGCUUUCAAGCCUGCGAGGAAGCUUUAAGUCUCUUACAUGUGCUACCGUUAUCGAAGCAAGAAGAAGCAUUCGAAUUGUUAUCUAAACCAGAACCGAUGAGAUCGACAGCGGUGGUGCUUCAACGUGGGAGUGCCGAAGCCAGGUUUCAUGCCAUAAUUAUCUUCAGAAAGAUUGCCAAAGCAGGCUUUGAUUGGAACCCUUUGCUUGAAGAUCGAGGCAUAGGUUUGUUGAAGUCAUUGUUAGAACUAGUCUACGAUGAGAUAUGCAGCAAGGCGAGUUCAUAUGCUCUCGAGGUUCUAUUCGAAGUAGUAUCAUUGUCAAAGAAAAGUAGAUUGAAGGCUAUCGAAGCCGGCGCCGUCUGCGUCCUCAUCGAGCUCUUACCUGACUCGAACCGAUCCAAAUGCGAGAAAAUGUUGCUUGUGAUGAAGCUGUUGUGUGAAUGUCCGGAGGGAAGGGCGGCCUUAGUGGAUCAUGGUUUAGGAAUCGCUGUUGUUUCCAACAAGUUGCUGGGAAUCUCGAAUGCAGCCACUAAGCUCGGGGUGAAGAUCUUAUAUUUGGUGUCUAAUCAUCACCCGACGGAAAGGGUUUCGGAGGAAAUGCUCAUGUACGGAGCAGUGAAGAAGCUGGUGACAUUGCUGCAUUUGGAGGGACGAUGUUCCACCCAGAAAAAGGUGCUGGACAUGUUGAAGGUGCAUGGUAAUUCCUGGAGGCGUCAUCAAUGUUUCCCUUGUGAUUUGAAGGAUUAUUUGAGCUGA